AUGACCCCUGGGCUGGGACUGGAGAUGCUGGCGGGUCCUCCAGCUUUUCUCCGCGACGGGCAGCAUCUUGGACUCUGGGCAUCUGGCGGGUGGGUUGGGGGCAGCCAUGCGCCAACGGCCUCUCCUGUCCCAGCCCUGCGGCUGCUGAACAGUGGCAAGACGUUCUCGAGGGUGGAGGCGACGCUGAGCUGGUCUGAGGCCCUGCGGUACUGCCGGCGGCACCACACGGACCUGGCGGACCUGCAGAGCAUGAACAGCGUGAGCAGCAUAAGCUCCCUCUACUCCCUCACGAGCAGCACCGAGGCGUGGAUCGGCCUCUUCUUCGACGUGCGCGUGCGCGGCCUGAGCUGGUCCAGCGGCUCCACCUUCGCGGCGCCCGUGUGGAGCUCGCUGCCGGUGUUCGCCGAGGGCGUCUGCGCCACUCUGUAUUCCGUAUCCGUCUUCCCCAACCUCGGGGCCGCCUCGUGCACGGCGCAGAAGCCCUUCAUCUGCUACUACGACCCUGCUGUGGGGCACCGCACCCCCACAGAGCCCGCUCUCAGCCCAACCACCUCUCCAAAGCCAGCUGUGGUCCAGAUUGGCCGACAGACCUUCAUGCGAUUCGACCAAGAAAUGACCUGGCUGGAGGCCCUGCGGUAUUGCCACAGCCACCACACGGACCUGGCCGACCUGCAGAUGGUGACCGACGAGGCGGGCAAGGAGGCCUUGAAGUCCAUCACGAGUGAGACCGAGGCCUGGAUCGGCCUCUACUUCAACGCGACCUCUGGGUCUCUGAGCUGGUCCAGCAACCUGGGUGCCAGCAUCCCCACCUGGCUUCAAGUGCCCGAGCUGGGGACGGGACUGUGUGCGGGGCUCCGCACCUACGCACGCUACUCCCCCCGAGUGUAUUCGUUGGCCUGCUCUUCCCUGAGACCCUUCAUCUGCUUCUAUGACCCUUCCGUUGGGCACCGGGAGUCCACAGCUCUCCAGCCAUCCUUUCACGCUCCCUCCUCCGAAGUUGCCGUGGAGACCAUGCGCAGGCCAAGUACGUGCCUGUUUUCGGUUCUGUGUGGGUGCUUUGGACCUGUCCUUGGCUGGGUCCCAAGGCCUCAGGGUCUGAGAGCUGGAGAGGUCACCUGCAUGCCCCGUGGGAUCCGCCCAGAAGAGGAUUUUCCAGACCACCCCCACCCCCUGCAGGGCCAGCUGGGGUUGGAGAAGGGGGACUCACCCGGUCGGCACUGGGAGCGCAGGGCCGCCGCAGGGCCCCGGGAGCCGGGCGCCCCGCGCGCCCCGCCUCGGCCGCUGGACGCCACCCGUCGGGGUCUUUGUCCCACGGCCCGGGCCUGGUGGGGAUGCCGGGCGCGGGGCGCCCCUCGCGAGCUUUCUCUCCUGCCGCCGGGACCAGCGCCCGGCGCGGCUCCCGAAGCGAGUCAGCCCCGGGCCCGCCGAGUGCGCCCCCCGCGCGCCCCGCUCCCGAGAGCCCCGCGGCUCCCCAGCCAAGGGGACGGCUGCCACGCGGCCUCCGGCCCAGCCUGCGCGCCCCGGGGACUCCUUACCCCGCGAGGAAGGGGCCGGGACCCUGCUGGUAACUGUUCAGGGCGCGACCUUGGCCCCACGGCCCGGGCCUCCCCGCCGAGAGCGGCUCGCCGUCCGGGGACGCUGUCUAUCCCCCCGGGGGGGCGGGGAGCCGGGCCCGCUCUGGCCGCCACUUCGAGCCCUGCCACCGUCCACGCGUCCCCGGAGGUCCCCGUUACCGAAGCUGUGACCACUGAAGGAAGUGGCAGUGCCGUGAGAGAGACAGCCGCCACCACUCAGGCCCAACGCGUGAGCUCACCCGAACACCCAGAGUCUAAAGGCAAAACUCCGGCGCCAGCAUCAGGGCAGGUCUUUGGAAUCCUGAAAGCGGAUUUUACCAUCCCAGCUCUCCUGGACCCAGAAGAUGUGAAAGACCAAUUUUUGAGUGAGAUCCGAGAAGUCUUAAAGCUUACAUUAGGUCACGAGCAAUUCAGAUUGAAAUGGGUUGGCUUUGAAGUGAACAAAAAAUAGCCCAUGUCGGCAGACCCAGAGGCCUCUCACACCAUCUUGUCUGGAUUUUGAGUGACUUGUGGUCUAUGAUGCUAGCAGAUGAGAACAUACGUUUGUUCCAGGCGCUCAGAAAUAACUGCGGAUAUACGAAGAGGUGACUACACAGCUACACCUGUGAGGAAAAACUGGCCUCCCUGGAUUUUAUAGGGGGCAGGAGGUAAGCAGAGGAAGAUGGAGGCAUCUGGGAACAGUAACCUUGAGAAUGACAAGCAAACAGGAACCCAAACCCCAACGAAACAACACCAGUCCUGAGACAAACCGCAUUCAUCUCCCUGGAGAAGAAAGAGAGGACAGUGGUGGCUGAGAAGCUGAGGGAGGCCACACUUCCGGAGAAGCGGAGGACACUUUCUUCACUAGCCACCCGAGCUGUUACAGAGACCUCAGGCUGUCCGGAGUGAGGAGCUCCCCGAGGGCAUCCUCGCAAUACGACACAUUAAUGGUGGGUUUGUCCUCCUCCAUCCGAACACUCUUUGCCUGUCCGGUGGGAAGUUCUCCAACACGUUGUCCUCAAUGCUAAGACAGAACUUCAGAAGAAUGUUCCCGUAAGCACGUCCUUUCUGGUUUUUCGCCAGGUGUUCUGAUCAUCCAGAUACAUGCUCGAAGUAAGGUGGUAACAUGUCAAAUACAGUGGCAACUUUAGUCUGAAAUGUUUAAAGUUAAAGUUUAUUUGUAUUCUUUGUAGGAAUAGCAAUAAAAGACCUCAAACGUAUCUAUAUCUGUACAUGUACAAGAACCAUCAAAAAGUAUUCACAGAACAAAAAUAAAUCUUCUUUAGAACAAACCCAGGUAAUGAAAUGCAGAUAUGGAUCUCACGUAUGGAAUAAUCUAAGUGCUACCGGCACAAAAAUAUGGCUUUAAAAGUAAAAUAAAAUCUUGGGUUUUGUUUUUCUAA